CAUUUCUUUACCGCCAAAAUGUCUGCUAACAAUAACAAUGAUGAAGUGAGAGGUACAGCGAAUCUAGGUGAGAUUCGAAGUAAAUCAUAUACCUCCCCUGGAGCCAAUGAUGCAGGAAGCAGUACUAUUGGCUCGACCAAGUACCCCAAUCGUGCUCACUUUGCUCCCUCUGCUAUGGAAUCUAUGCCAAACCACAAAUCAAGCUAUGCAUUCAAUGAAAGUAGUAGAGCAAACUCAUUUGCUAGUAUGCGUCCUCAUAAGAACACUCGUCCCAAAAUAUCUAGUCGCACUACAUCAUUCGCCUCCAUAUCAGCUGCCAAGCGAAAAUCACUUGCUCGAACCGUUUCAUCCCUGUCUGUCUAUAGUAACUUUGCAGGUGAAAGACUCGAUGACAGCCGACGCAACUCAAGACACAUUGAACCCUUUGACGAAGAGAAGCGCAAGAGUCUUGCUUCUAAUACAUCUGUACGCAAGCAUGAAGAGUCAACCAUAGGAGAAGAGUCCAUGGAACAAGAGGAAGAGGAGGUCCCCAAGGCCUCAGUAGGAAAGGCUAUGUUUAUGUUCUUGAAGGCUUUCAUUGGAUCAGGUGUUCUUUUCUUACCUAAAGCGUUUCAAAAUGGUGGUCUAGCACUAUCGAUUGUGCUGAUGGUUGUCAUUGCUGCUAUUUGUUUAUUUUCAUUCUUGAGAUUGGUCAAUACACAGCAAAUCAUUGGUGGAUCCUAUGGUAACAUAGGUGGCGUUUUGUAUGGUUCAUCAGUGCGUUUGGCUGUCUUAUUUUUCAUUGUCAUCUCUCAAAUUGGUUUUGUAUGCUCUUAUUUUAUCUUUAUUUCGGGUAACUUGGUCAAUGUGGUAGAUGUGCUAUCAAAUUGUACUGCUGGCAUUGAGCAAAAAUAUUACAUUUGGAUGCCCCUUGUUAUUCUUAUUCCUUUUUCUUUGGUUAGACACAUUGCAAAAUUGUCUUUUGCAGCCAUUGCAGCCGAUAUCUUGAUUCUUUUUGGCUUGAUUUGUAUUGUUUAUUUUACUUCUGCUCAAUUGAGCUCGAUGGGUAUUGGGCCAAAUGUGGCUCCUGUGAAUCCUAACAACUUUGCUCUUAUGAUCGGUACUGCCACAUUCUCGUUUGAAGGUAUUGGUUUGAUCAUUCCUAUUGUUGAAGCCAUGGAGCGUCCUGAAAGGUUUCCUUUUGUUGUCACUUUGGGUAUGAUUAUUGUAUGCAUUGUCUAUAUCUUGAUUGGUACUCUCUCUUAUUUGGCUUAUGGUGAUACUGUCCAAUCCGCUAUUAUUUAUAACUUCCCUUCUGAUAACAAGCUUACACUUGCUGUGCAAUUGCUGUAUUCUUUGGCUAUCAUCCUUACUUCUCCUCUUAUGCUUUUCCCUGCUUUAAAGAUCAUUGAAAAUGGUCUUUUUGGUCGAUUCAAAUCUGGUAGAGAUAGCUUAGCUGUCAAAUGGACCAAGAAUGUAUACAGAGCCAUUCUCUGUGUUGCGUGUGCUGCUAUUGCAUUCGGUAUUGGUGGUGAUAACCUUGACAAGUUUGUUUCUUUAGUUGGUUCUGUUGCCUGCGUACCUUUGUGUUUUAUUUUCCCCGGCAUGUUUCACUUUAAGAUCAGCAAGAAGCUUAUUGAUAGAGUACUUGAUAGUUUGUUGAUGAUCUUUGGUGCAGGCAUUCUUGUAUAUACACUUGAAGUGACUAUCAGUUCUUGGAUUCAUCCUUUAAAUACAGGUGAAGAACUUCCUGGUUACUGUGCUUCCCGUGGUCUAUAACUAUAUGUAGUCCUGUAUUCAUUCCAUAUAUACCUUUGUAUUUCAUUCUAAUAAUA